AUGGGGUCCCUCGGCACACAAGAGCAGUACUUUGUUAAGGAUCAAUACAUCCACCAGCGACGCCGGAUUCGGAUCAUUGUUAUUGGUGCCGGCAUCUCGGGCAUCGCGUUCGCAUACAAAGUACGCGAGUUGGAAAAUGUCGAGUACCAGAUCUACGAGAAGAACGAGGACGUCGGCGGGACGUGGUUCGAGUCGCGGUAUCCCGGAUGCUCGUGCGAUAUCCCCGCACACUCGUAUACGUAUCCAUGGGCGGGGAAUCCAGAAUGGUCGCGAGUAUAUGCUGGCGCUGAGGAGAUCUGGAGAUUUUAUCGCGACAGAGCGGAGGAAUAUGGAGUGUACAGAACAACAAAGUUCCGCCACCAGGUAGUGGGCGCCACAUGGAAUGAGGCGCAGGGCAGAUGGACAGUGAAGAUUGAGGAUCUGGCCAGCGGCCAGGUCUUUGAGGACUCGGCGGAGGUGGUGAUCAACUGUGCCGGGGUGUUGAAUAAGUGGAAAUGGCCUGAUAUCCCGGGUCUGCACUCCUUCAACGGCACCCUCGUCCAUACAGCCCGGUAUCCGCAAGACCUGGAUUUGACAGAUAAGAGAGUCGCGGUCAUCGGCGCCGGGUCCUCUGCAAUCCAGGUGGUGCCUACGAUUCAGCCUGUGGUCAAGUCCCUCAUCAGCUUCAACCGCUCCCCUACCUGGAUUGCGCCCCAGUUCGCCGGCCAUCUCGCCUCUGCAGGCCGAGCAACAGCAUACACCGAAGAGGAAAAGGAGAAAUUUCGCAACGACCCCGACUACCUGCGGCAAUACCGCAAGCAGAUCGACCAGGCGCUCAAUUCGCGGUUCCCAAACUUCUACAAGGGCUCGCAGGAGCAGAAGGCGUCGAGGCAGAUAGUGGAAACGGCAAUGCGUGAGAGGCUCUCCAAGAUGGACCCUGAUCUCAGGGAGAAGCUUAUCCCAGACUUCGACGUGGGUUGUCGUCGAGUGACCCCUGGUGACGGCUACCUCGAAGCAUUGCAGGAGCCGAACGUGGAGGUUGUCCGAACUCGAAUCCAGGAAGUCACUCCUGAGGGGGUCGUCACAGCCGAUGGGAAACUGUAUGCUGCGGAUGUGAUCAUCGCAGCCACAGGCUAUGACACCUCCUACGUGCCUCCAUUCCCGCUCAUCGGACGCAAUGGGGUGGAUUUGGGAAAGAGAUGGGCUCAGACGGGUGCCGAGGCGUAUCUGACCUGCGCUGUUCCUGAUAUGCCAAACUAUUUCAUGUCAGUGGUGGUUGGUCCAAACACGCCCAUCUCCAACGGCUCGCUAAUGCCCGCAAUCGAAAACCAACUUCAAUUCGCCCUCACGUUUGCCAGGAAGAUCCAGAGCGAGGGGGUCAAAGCUGUUGUGGUCAGCCAGCAAGCGACGACUGAGUUCAACGAGCACAAGGACGCCGUCAUGAAACUGCUGACCUUCUCCGGUAGCUGCAACAGCUGGUACAAAGGUGGAACCUCAGACGGCAGGAUCGUUGGGCCAUGGUGUGGCUCGCUGAAUCAUUUCUUGGAGAGCAUCGCAGAGCCUCGACUACAGGACUUCGAGUUUACAUACGAGACCCAGAACCGUUUCGCUUAUCUGGGAAGGGGCUUGUCACUUCGCGAUGUCCAGAAGAAGGACCUGGCGUGGUAUAUUCGGUAG